CGCGGCGGCGUUGCCAUGAACAGUGGCGGCGGCGGCGGCCUCCCGCCCCCCUCGGCCGCCGCCUCUCCGUCUCCGUCGUCCGCGCUGGCGGCCGUGGCGGUGGUGGCCCCGCCGGGGAUCGGGGGUGUCCCCGGCGGGGGGACGUCGACGACUUCGACGCCCGCGGCGGGUGUGAAGCUCAAGUACUGCCGUUACUACGCCAAGGACAAGACUUGCUUCUACGGGGAGGAGUGUCAGUUCCUGCAUGAGGACCCGGCCGCCCCGGGCCUCGGCCUCCAUAGCAACAGCGUCCCCCUGGCGUUGGCGGGCGCGGCGGCCGUGACCGGGUUCCCUCCGCCCGGAGCCGUCCCCGGCGGAGGAGCCGGACCUCCUGCUCCUGCUGCUGCGGCUGCUGCUGCAUCUGCUGCUGCUCCCCCUCCUACGGGAGCCAAGAAACCGGAUUUAGGGGCUCCGGGGUCCGCGGCCGGAGGAGGUAGCGGAGCGGGACACGACGGACCGAGGCUGGCGAUUCCUGGAAUGGAUGGAGGUGCUUUAACUGAUACAAGUCUUACAGAUUCCUAUUUCAGCACCAGCUUUAUUGGAGUCAAUGGAUUUGGAAGCCCCAUAGAAACAAAGUAUCCCUUGAUGCAGAGGAUGACUGGUAGUAGCAGCUCCCCAAGCCUUCUACAUGACAGUGCCAAGCCGUACGCAGGCCGCGAUCCUCUCACUUCACCUGCUUCAUCCUUGUUUAAUGACUUUGGUGCCCUCAACAUCUCUCAGAGAAGAAAGCCAAGGAAGUUCCGCCUGGGGAUGCUGGAGGAGAGGCUAGUUCCGAUGGGAUCCAAGGCACGAAAAGCAAAGAACCCUAUUGGCUGCCUUGCUGACAGGUGUAAAUCAGGAGUACCCAUCAAUAUGGUUUGGUGGAACAGAGUCACAGAAAACAAUUUACAGACACCAAAUCCUACUGCAAGCGAGUUUAUUCCUAAAGGAGGAUCAACCUCUAGGCUGAGUAACGUGUCCCAGUCAAAUAUGUCUGCCUUCUCUCAAGUUUUCUCUCACCCAUCCCUGGGAAGCCCUGCUACAGCUGGAUUAGCACCAGGACUGUCAUUGUCUGCUGGAUCUUCCCCUCUUCACUCCCCCAAGAUUACUCCACAUACUUCUCCUGCUCCCAGAAGAAGAAGUCACACUCCAAAUCCAGCAAGUUACAUGGUGCCGUCUAGUGCCUCCACACCUGUUAGUAAUCCUGUUUCUCAGACUCCAUCUUCUGGUCAGGUGAUCCAGAAGGAAACUGUCGGGGGGACGACUUACUUCUAUACAGACACAACUCCAGCACCUUUGACUGGAAUGGUGUUUCCAAACUAUCAUCUUUACCCUCCAACUGCACCUCAUGUUGCUUACAUGCAGCCAAAAGCAAACGCGCCUUCCUUCUUCAUGGCUGAUGAACUCCGGCAGGAGCUGAUCAACAGACAUUUAAUAACAAUGGCUCAAAUCGAUCAAGCAGAUAUGCCAGCAGUCCCCACGGAAGUUGACAGCUACCACAGCCUGUUCCCUCUAGAACCACUGCCACCCCCCAACCGCAUUCAGAAAUCAAGCAACUUUGGGUAUAUCACAUCUUGUUACAAAGCUGUGAACAGCAAGGAUGAGCUGCCAUAUUGCCUUCGGAGAAUACACAGUUUUCGUCUUGUUAACACAAAGUGCAUGGUAUUGGUUGAUAUGUGGAAAAAAAUUCAGCACUCAAACAUAGUGACCCUGCGUGAAGUAUUUACCACUAAAGCAUUUGCUGAGCCUUCUCUGGUGUUUGCAUACGACUUCCACGCUGGAGGGGAGACGAUGAUGAGCAGACACUUCAGUGACCCGAAUGCUGAUGCCUACUUCACGAAGAGAAAGUGGGGUCAACACGAUGGACCAUUGCCCAGACAACAUGCUGGAUUAUUGCCAGAAUCUCUUAUUUGGGCAUAUAUUGUUCAGCUGAGUUCUGCGUUGCGUACCAUCCACACUGCAGGUUUAGCAUGUCGAGUAAUGGACCCGACGAAGAUUCUGAUAACUGGCAAAACAAGGUUGCGAGUAAAUUGUGUUGGAGUUUUUGAUGUUUUAACAUUUGAUAACAGUCAAAACAAUAAUCCAUUGGCAUUAAUGGCUCAGUAUCAGCAAGCAGAUUUGAUCUCACUAGGAAAAGUUGUGCUGGCUUUGGCUUGCAACUCUUUGGCAGGAAUUCAGCGAGAGAAUUUACAGAAAGCCAUGGAAUUGGUGACAAUCAACUACUCAUCUGACCUGAAGAAUCUGAUCCUGUAUUUGUUGACUGACCAAAAUAGGAUGCGAAGUGUAAAUGACAUCAUGCCCAUGAUUGGUGCUCGAUUUUAUACUCAACUGGACGCUGCUCAAAUGAGAAAUGAUGUCAUUGAGGAAGACCUUGCUAAGGAGGUUCAAAAUGGAAGACUGUUUAGGCUUCUAGCAAAAUUGGGAACAAUCAAUGAGAGGCCGGAGUUCCAGAAGGAUCCUACUUGGUCAGAAACUGGAGACCGUUAUCUAUUGAAACUCUUUAGGGAUCAUCUUUUCCAUCAGGUGACAGAAGCAGGUGCUCCCUGGAUUGACCUCAGUCAUAUCAUUUCUUGUCUUAACAAGCUAGAUGCUGGUGUGCCAGAAAAAAUAAGCCUGAUUUCCAGAGAUGAGAAGAGUGUACUUGUGGUAACUUACAGUGAUUUAAAACGCUGCUUUGAAAAUACGUUCCAAGAACUGAUUGCAGCUGCAAAUGGCCAGUUGUAGUAUAGAAUGCUGCCCUCCAGGACGUGGCUGGACAUGGCCAAGGAGCUCAACUCAUAGCCAGUUGCACUACUGCUGAGCUGUCGCCCUCGUCUCCUUCGCGUGAGGAGCCCCAGGGAAGGCGCCGGCUGCUCCGGUGCGCUUGAGACCCUGAGAGGAAGAGUCUCCCCCACCUACCCAGAGCCCGGGCCUCCGCAGAGUUCAUGUCAGACUGAGGCCCACCAUCAGGUGAAUGGUGGUCCUGCUCUUGUUACUCCACUUGUGUAUGCACUAAUUGCCAUUUUUUUAAAAGAGGUUUCUUUUUUUUUUCUGUUUUUCAACCUUUGGCCACAUUGAAUACUUAUUAAGGGAACUACUUCAAGUACAUUUUUGGGAAACAAUACUAGGCAGCAUUUUUGCCAUUGAGAGAUGCAGAAUCUGCUCCUUGAAGGACGGGCUGCCCCAGAUAACCUAAUGGACCAGGUACAUAGUUCAUAGAGGUGCAGCCAAUGCUUCUUAAGCACUGUAUGCAGGCUCCGCAAGCUCCCCACCAGUAUUGCAAAUUGAGGUUUGUCUUGUUUUUUAAGAACACACAAAAAUAAAUGUCAGUGAAUUGUUGGAUAUAAAUCCCCCUAUCAAUUGAUUAACGUCCACUCUGAAUAAUGAUCAGAUCAAUAGGACCUGCAGGAGCAUAUGUAAUUCUUUGCUCCAAACUCACCCAGAGCCUUUUUUUUUAAAGAAGGCAUUUGCCUGCUACGUACAUUUACAUUUAUGCAACUUUGUAAUAGAAAAAAACUGAAAUUGUGUUAAAGACCUAAAGUUCGGGAGUUCUGUUGCUUUAGGUUAUUUCCCGUUUGCUUGUUUUGUAUAGAGUUCUGUUCUCGGAACCCCAGCUUUAUAAUAGAACUUUACACUGGAUACUGACAUAGAGACACUGAACACAGCAGUGGUUCACCACCAGGAGCGUUCUGACGUUUGACAGCCUGACUGGAGGGUAGUGACGUGCUGUGCCUUUGCAGUCACUGCUUAGCCCAAAGCCCUAGGACUUCGACGGUGACUCGCUCUGCGGACCGGCGAGAAGUCCACCUCAGAAGUUCUCCUCCUUGAACGUCUCUUGACCAUCUGGACAUGCAGUUGUCGCCAAACUUGAGUAUUCAUGGAAUUUCUAGUUACUGAAAUACCUAUACUUUGAUACUGAAGACUGCCAAAAAUGGGGAUUUUCUUCCUUAAAAAACAGUGAUGAAGACUUUCUCUCCUUUCCCAGCACUGAAUGUUUUACUAGCACUGGGUGCUUUCCAUGCAGCUCUGAAGAACUGGGGGAGGGAGCUCAGAAGGUCAGGACAGACCCCACCCCCCAAGCACUUGCAGCUGAUGUUACUGUCUUCACCUUUAUCAAACAUACAUAUUUGUAUAACUCAGAGAAGUUUUUAAUAUUUCUCUUGUCCACUUUUUAUAAGCUUUAAAAUAAUUUUUCUCUGCCUUGAGAUUUGCAUCAAGAAAAAGCACCUCUCUCCACCUGAAAGCUUUGAAGACUAGGCACACUUUACACAUUUAAUAAGUAUGCUUGAGUCCGUGAGUGGUAGCAUCAGUUGUUGAGUUAAGAGAAUCAAUUAUUGCAUUUGAUCUGGAUGAAUUUUUAAAGAACAUAAUGUUCAGUAUUCAAAGGAUAAUAAACAUUUGCCACCAUGACGUUCUUUUUUAUGCAAAGGAACAAGAACUCGUAGACAUUAACAUGCAAAAGUCUUUUAUCAUUAGCUCAUGUAUUUGAGGAAGAGCAGCUGUCUUUUUAUAUGUUUUUUGACAAAUCAUAUUGUAAUUCUUUUGUACAAAAAAAAAGAACUACUUGUAUUCUAGAAGAAAUAUGAAAUGCUUAAUUUAUAAGCGGGCUGGAGAUUUUUUCCAAUAUUGUUUUCUUUGAAAAUGAAAGGGGAUCAUAUGUUUUUGUUUUGGGUAUCUGGGAACUUUUUGAAAAUUUUAAUUUGUGGACCAAUGUUUUGUGAAAGCUAAGAAAGGGCAGGGGUAAAAUAGGGCUUGAAUCUUUCAUUUUGUAUAGACCAGCAAACUUCCCUCUGCAAGGAAGGUUCACAUCGCAAACCCAAGAAUGUCUGCAUCACAAACACUAGUUUGCUUCAGCCUCGAGUAACCUCAGGACUUGGUUUGGAUAGAAAAGGUGUAGACAGCUGAAAUGUUUUCAUGAGGAAAUAUUGUCAGCCAGCAAGCAGUUGGUGUCAGGUAAUGCCUAUUUUUUUGAGCUUUGUUUUGUAUUUAUUUUUCAUUUAGUUUUUUUUUGUUUUUUUUUUUUUUUAAUUGGGAAUGGUUUUCAAAAGAACUCUUAGUUCUGCUUUGGUGUUUUUUGGGGAGCCCUCUUUUCCAUAGUGUAAAUCCAAUUAAGAGGUUGUGUAAAGGUUAGUCUUUAAUCCACAGGAAGAUUUCAGAAUUUGAGAAUAGCUGAAUAAAGGAAAUAACCUUCUUGUACCUUCCUGUUACCACAGAUAAAAGCACAGAAAGGACGGCCUUGAAACUGUAUCACUUCGGUCAUUGCAAUCUUUGUCCCUCUUUUAAAUUCUGUCAAGUGUAUUUACUUCAGUGUAAAUAAUUUUGAGGGUACCCUUGUAUUUUACUUUUGCCCUUGGUUCUGUGGUUUGGAUGUUAACACUGUCCCUGAAAAGCACCAGUAUGUUCAGUCCUAAUGUCAUGAUCCCAGUAUGUGUUACUCAUCUUUAAUCCUAUUUUCAGUCUCUGUGUACAGCAGUAUUUUUUAAUAAAGAAUUACAGAGAUAAA